CGCAUGUUCCACAGGCAAAACAUUUGUUUUUGGCGAAUGUUCGCAAUGUCUUCUUCACAUUUGCCAUAUUUUGCGGAGGGAACCGUUAUUAAAGGAUUUGGUAGAGGAAGCAAAGAUCUUGGAAUUCCAACUGCCAAUUUCCCCGAACAUGUUGUUGACAAACUUCCGGAAGACAUAGCAUGUGGAGUAUAUUAUGGCUGGGCGAAUGUAGACAGUGGGGAGGUCUACAAGAUGGUGAUGAGCAUCGGCUGGAAUCCAUUCUACAAAAACACUAAAAAGACCAUGGAGACUCACAUUAUGAACGUGUUCAAAGAAGACUUCUACGGCUCUGUACUGAAGACUGUCAUGUUGGGCUACAUUCGGCCUAUGACCACGUUCAAGUCACUUGAUGAACUGAUAACGGCCAUCAAGUCAGACAUUGGAACUGCCUCAGAUCUGUUAGAGUCGAAGGAAGCACAAGACUUUAAGAAGAAUAACUUCUUUAAAAAUACUCAAAAGCCAUCUUGACAACACUAGAUAAUAGGGUAUUAUUAUUUAAAAUGUAUAUAUUAUGGACUAUUUUUAUAAUGGAUCAUUGAGCUCAGUAUAAAAUUAUUUCAUCUACUGCAGCUGAUUGUGUUCAGCAUUAAAUUACACAAUCAUCUCAAGUGUGCGAUUUUGGUUUUAAAAAUUAAAGUGUCAUAAAAACAUAAAGUUUGCAAAUCUUUAGAGCCUGCCAUGAACCCAGCGAGCCGUGCCGUGCAUCUCCAGUAGAACAGAAGAUACACUAAAUGUUUUGCAGGAAACCAUGGAAAAGAUUACUGUUCAAGACUGUGGUUUCACAGGAUUUUAAGAUAUAUCACUAUUCGAGAUUAAUGGUAUCCCGGGGAUACCAGAAUUUAAUUUUGGAUACCGGACUUCCAGAACCCAGUAUCCCACCGGGAUGCCAUAUAAUACUAAAUUCUCAGGUGGGAUACCAGAUUUUGAAAUGUUAGUAUCCAAUUGGGAUACUGGCCAAAAAAUGUAAUCUCGAACACUGUAUAUGUUGACUGUGUCAUUUCGAAGAAUCAAUGUAAUUUGUACAAAUAAUUUUUACGAGCCAAGCAGGAUCGUAUGCUAGUCAAGCUAGAGAGUCUUAUAUGAUUUUUGCGAGCCAAGCAGGAUCGUAUGCUAGCCAAGCUAGAGAGUCUUAUAUGAUUUUUACGAGCCAAGCAGGAUCGUAUGCUAGCCAAGCUAGAGAGUCUUAUAUGAUUUUUGCGAGCCAAGCAGGAUCGUAUGCCAGCCAAGCUAGAGAGUCUUGUAUGAUUUUUGCGAGCCAAGCAGGAUCGUAUGCCAGCCAAGCUAGAGAGUCUUGUAUGAUUUUUGCGAGCCAAGCAGGAUCGUAUGCCAGCCAAGCUAGAGUCUUAUAUGAUUUUUGUGAGCCUCUGGCUCCCGGACUCUGCUCAAAAUCGCACACUGAUCUUACUUACCUGAUCGGUUUGAGUAAACUCAUUGUAUCAUUGAUUUCAGUUUGUCAUAUCCAGUCAUAAGUAAACUGUUUCCUUUAUACACGUAGGUGAAAACUUUAGUUCAUCUUAGUCAAAAGUGACUUGAUGCAUUCUAUAAACUUAAUCUUUCCACCACGAGGGUCCAAAUCAUCAUGUGGUUUUAUGUUGGAAAUAUGAACUGAGUCUAUGUUCAAUGGUGUUUUUGUCAAGGUUCUGCCAAGACCAAUACCAAUUAACUAAACAGGGUUAUUAUUUUUCAUACUAAAACAACAUGGGUAGUGAAUUCUAGUUAUUCUAUAUGCAUACUAUUAGGCCUAUUGGUACAUUCAAGCACAAACGACCACUCACGAUAACCAAGUGAUAAUAUUAUUUUCUUUGAGACUGUUUUUAUAUUUUAGAUGGUGUAAUAUAUGUGUGACCGAUGAUGGUCGAUUAUACUAGACAUACAAAUAAAAACCUUGCUGGUU